GUGAAAAGGCCUACAAAACUUGUCUUCUUUCUGUUUUGAAGCUUGUGUUGGUACCAUUGAUUUUGACAUAAUUCUGCCUGCCUUCACCUUUUCGCACUGUAUGGUAAUGUUCCAUUUUGCUUGGAUUUCUUCAAGAUGACACUGUUUCCUGUCAAUCAAUGCUUCAUCUCCCUAAUACCCUAAUUCCCUCUCUCUCUCUCUCUCAAGGUGAAACUAGUUUACUGUAUCAUUGCCCCCUUCCUAUUACCUCUCUCCCCCUUUUUCUCAUGGUGUGUGAACAAAUCUAAGGAAGCAUGUGAAGAAAGUGAAGUAGAAGGGAAGGAGUUCUGAACAGACAAAAUAAUUUUGUAUUCAUUUGCAUGUCCUUGCUUGGGAGGGGGUCUGUUGCAAUUGGAAUACUGAGCACAAGUUCAGGAUAAGAUGUGUCAUAUCUGAAUAUGUGUGUGUGCAGUGCAGUUGGGAAGAAGGUUAGCUGAACUGAACACAGGCAAUAGACCAUUUCCCCAGGUUCCCAACUACCAGUUGAAUAUAAUAUUUUGGGUGAGAUUACAAGGCUCUGCACUGCCUAAAACAAUCAGAGUGGAGAAAGAAGGUGACAUAUCAGAGUUUUAGGCACCCAUUUCAAGUUUAGUUGGUGCCUUCUCACAGCUGUAUUAAACUAUUGUCCAUGUUUAUCUGUCUUGCUUAUCUGUUUUUAGUUGGUGGGUGCUGAGCUUAUAUCCACACUUUUGAUUAUGGCAAAAUCCUAGUUGUUUUUCUAAAGGAAUGAAGCUACUACAUGACCUUCCCCCUAGAACAUCUCUCUCUCUCUCUCUCUCUCUCUCUCUCUCUCUCUCUCUCUCUCUUUCUCUUUCUCUCUCUUUCUCUCUCUAAGAUUUCAAUAUUUUAAUCUUGUCUUUUAUCCCUGUAAGUUGUCAACUACAAGUCUACCAACCCAACAAGUCAACCAACAAACUUACUUCCUAAAGUUUGGUGGGAAGAAGAAAAUACAGGCAUGCACAUAAACUUAAAUUUCCCCCUAGAUGUUCCAAACCUGUCUAUCACAGUUUUUCCUAAAAUUCUUUCAUCCCCAGUUCUUUAGCUUCCUGUUUUUGUGCUUGCCUCUAAUCUUUGAGGAAACAUGGACAAUCAUCGUCACCAGAAACAAGCCAAAAUCACCCUACUAGAAUCUGAAGAAGUCAGCAGCACUAGGUGGCAGUUUAUAACUAUGACAGCACAAGAGGAAGAUCUUAUCCAUAGAAUGCAUAAGCUGAUUGGAGAUAGGUGGGAUCUGAUAGCAGGCAGAAUCCCAGGGCGGAAACCAGAAGAAAUAGAGAGGUAUUGGAUAAUGACUCACCUUGAAGGGUUUGGAAAAAGAAGAAGAGGAUGAGAGAGACAGAGAGAUACAGGCAGUAAGGGUUCAGUCAUUUAAAUCUUCAAAGACUUCUGAUGGGUUCUUUACUUCCUCUUUUGUGGUUUCCCUGAAGAUAACCAUCUACCUAAUAGCUUUAGUGUAUUGCAAGUGCCCUCUCUAAGAACACAUGGUAUGGAACUGAGCUAUUUUUUAUCAAUCAAAUAACACAGUAAAAUUUAUGAUUCCAAAUCAAAAA